ACGAAAACGAUUCCUAGCCGCCAUCUUGUAAGAAGGUAAUUAAGAACAGCAAGAUUAAUCCGAAGAAUCUGAUAGAUAUAAAUAGUCAUCCGGACAGAGAAAGUGUUUCAAGGUUACUAGGUUCGAACACAAGAAGAAAACUACAAAUCAUUAUGUUGAUGUAUGACUGGAAAUGUGGGUAUCAUAUCAUAUAUAUCUAACACUAAGGAGAGGAUUUUCAGCGUCUUUAUGCAUAAGGCUGUCCUUCAGUUAUAAUUAGUAAAAGAAUCAUAUUAACAUUAUCAUUAUACAAUUUGUGAUAUGGAUUAGAUUCACUGGGGAAUUAAACAAUUCAUAAGCAUGGCUUCAGUGUCCUUGUCAAAAAAACUGUCUAACUUGAGAUAUAAUAACUGGGUAAAGGCUAGUUUAGCAGUCUUGAUUACAAAAGAAGGUAUCGAACCUUUUGUUGAAGAGGAAAUUGAACAGUUCCAGCAGAAAUGUUUAACAGAUAUAUGUAACAAUCAGGGUCUUCCAUCUGGAACAAUUUGUACAAGUUGUUGCACGGAAAAUGUAGUCAAGUGUCCUACAAACAAAAUUUGUAACGUUAUGCACAGAAAAUGCAGAUAUCAUAAAGAUUCUGCAACUACUUUUCUUCUUGCUGGUUGUCCGAACAAGAUCUGUCAUAAUUUCAAAACUGAAAUUCAGAAGGCCCAUAGAUACAAUGGCCCAUCCUACAAAAACACUGAUGCUACUCAGUGGUGCAGUAAUUCCUGGGAGGUCGCUAAGUGUUUUAUGCCUCCAGAUGGUUAUAAAGAUGCUGUAUCUGCACCAGAAACAGAUUUUAAUGGAGUCAACAGUGUCAUAAUAAACUGCAGAUGUUUUCAGACAAAAGUUACAGAAGAUCUUAGUAAGAAUGGAAACAUUUUUGACAAGGGUAGAGACAUUGGUAAAGUUGUUCGACACGCCCCUAUUCUGGAAGUGGAUGAUAAAGAUUUAAAGCAAUAUUUCAUUUACCUUGAUAAUCUUCUGUCAGAUACUGGACACUUGAUUUCCGAUAAUAAUGCAAAGUUAGCACGGAAAAGAUUAUCUGAACUACAGAACGAUACAUUACUCAUUGGUAAAGAUGAUGUGCGGAAAGUGCUUGAUGAUGUUGCAAAGAUAGCACAAGACAAAAUUAAGGCACAAUGUGAUGAAUUCAAUCGAGAUGCAGAAAAAAGAAAAUUAAACCUGAUAGAAACAACUCAGAAAUCUUUAGAAACAUUGGAAAAUAAAGAAAAAAUAACAUUAGCUGAACUUGGUAAGGUGUUAAAAUCAAGCAUUGAUGAAAUUGAGAAGCUUACAAAAGAUUCUCUUCAAAAAAUAAACACGGAAACUGAUAAAGCAGUAAAAAAAAUGAAAAUCGAAUCUGAAAGUGGUAUAAGUUUGAUACAUAAAGCCACAGAUGAAAGUGGAUAUAAGAUUUUAAAGGAAUCUAAGGCUGCCAUGGAUCAAGUCAAACAAACAGCUAGUGAAGAGUUGAAAAGCAUUUCAGCAGCAAAUAAACAGAAAGAGGAAGACGACUAUGCAGCAGCAAAAAAGACUUUGCAGUCAGAACUCAUUGUAUUCUACAGAGAAAGCUGCAGUACGAUUAACAUCUGUCCUGGUUUAGAUGAAGUUGAUGCUUCUUUAAAUGAUAUCUAUAUUCCGCCUUAUCCUUUGUAUUCAAAGGAAACAGACACACUGAAAAAAGUGGCCAAACAGUCUACAGAAAAGAAGGAAACACGAAAAGGUUUUCCGUUUGUAACGAUGUUUCAGGAACAGGAGGAAACACCAGAUGGAAAACCUGUGAAUUCGCUACAAGAGAUAUUUUACAAACAAUCAAAAGCUUGCAGUGAUAUAUAUUUGACAGCAGAACCUGGACUUGGUAAAACAUCCUUUGUGAAGUGGCUGUCAUUAAACUGGUGUCACGCACGUGACCCUGUUAAAGAAGAUGACCACUAUUUUGACCAUGAAGAGGUAAGUCAAUUGAAACAAUUUGAUUUUGUUUUUGUUAUUUUUCUCAGGGAAGUGAAUGAUCAAAAUAUUAAUGUAGAUUCUAUGAUACGAAAUACUAUAUUAACUGCUUUAGGUAGACAAAACGAAUAUACAAUUGAGAUGAUAGAGAGAGUGAUGUGUGAAGAAAGAUGCCUGAUUGUUUUAGAUGGACUUGAUGAAUGGAAUGUAUCUGGUAUACCUAAAAGACCAAAACGACCAAGUUGUACAUACAUCACAACAUCAAGGCCGUGGAAAUUUUGCACAAUUUCCCUUAAUUCAAAACAAAUUGACCAGCAUGUAUGUAUUGAAAAUGUCCAGAAAUUUUGCAAAGAAAAGUUCAUUUCGAGCCUUAUGACAAUGUAUGAGAAAAGAAAAUGUUUGAGGGAUGAUAUUUCAGACAUCCCCAAAGCAUGUGAAGAAUUUAUUAAAGUACUUGACGACAAAAAGGUUUUACAUUUCUAUGGGACACCAGUCAUUUUAGCACAGUUAGUGUAUUUAUGGAAUAUGGAAAAAAGUAUUGGAAACUCACAGUUUGAGAUUUAUAGUGAUAUGGCAGAUGCUAUAUUUAGCAGAGCUCAGUAUAAAUGUGAUCUUAGUAAAUUAAAAUACACAAGAUCUUCACAAAUAAAUUACUUCCAAGAAUCACUUUGUGAGACAUACUAUGAUCUGAUGAUAAGACUUGGGAAAUUGGCAUUUAAUAUGUUAUUUUCUGGGGAAAAAGGUUCAUCACUAGUGUUUGAUGAAGUUGUUACUGAAAAAUGCCUCUCAGGAGAGGACAGCAAUAUUAUAGCUGGUGAAAUGUUAGGUACCUGUUUAAAGACGGGUUUGCUGUCAAAACAACCAGUUUAUGUAAAAUCAAGGAGAAAGAAAUAUACUUAUUCAUUUCAACAUAAAACUAUGCAAGAAUACUUUGCCGCAUUGUAUAUUCAGGCAGAGUAUGACACAAAUCUUGAGGUUAUGAUAGUUAAAAAAUGUAAUGAAGUUUCGAAAAUUCUAGAGAUGGGAACAGUUUUCAUGUUCCUAAGCGGAGUCAAUCCAAAUAUAGCAGGCAAUGUAUUUCAAUCAUUACAAGGUACAAUAAAUGAAGAAAAAACAAUACAAGAGUAUAGAUGCAAGUUUUCGCUUCUUGGGGCUUUUGAAAUUCAGGCAAUUCAGAAUAUGAAAGUAAACUGUGCUUUAGAGGGUAGAAACAAUGGAAGUGAAGAAUUUCAUCUACAUUUAGAAGAUGUCAUCAUUGUUCAGUCAAUUCAAGACGAUAAAUACUUUGAUGCAUUGAAAAUUCUUGUUCGACAGAAUGCUUUGAACUUGAAAUCCUUCAUGCUUGAAGGCAAAGAAAUAGCUGAACAUGUAUGGACAUAUUUUGGAAUACAAGAAAUGCCAUCUCUGUGUACCUUAAAUGUUGGUUUUAGUCUAUUUAUUCCAUCUAAUCCUGGUAGACUUUCUUUUGGAAUAGUUGAUCAUGUUGCUGAGUCAAUUUCAAAACAGCUUCAAUCAUUGUAUAUUUCAUCUGAUUUACCUGAAACAGAUUGUUUGUUGGAGAAAUUCCUUUAUUUUGUCAAGCAGCAAACUCUUUUGAGACAAAUGUUUUUGAAAUUCUGUACAAAUGAUAAUAUUCCAAAGCUUUCAUUAUGUACAAUGGAUAUGAAUGCAUAUUUGCAGGAAGUUUCUCUAGAAAAUGUACCUUUAUCGCAGCUACAGCUGAGUGAACACUUACAGCAGCUAACACUAGCAAAUGUACCUACAUUAUCAAACUUACAACUGAAUGAACACUUACAACAGCUCAAGCUAAAAAAUGUACAUUUAUCACAGCUACAGCUGAAUGAACACUUACAUGAGCUAACACUAGAAAAUGUACCUGCAUUAUCACAUAUACAGCUGAAUGAGCACUUGCAGACGUUAUCAAUGGAACAUGUACCUACCUUAUCACAGCUACAACUGAAUGAACAUUUACAUAAGCUUAAACUGAAACAAUUGCCUUUAUCACAGCUCCAGCUAAAUAAACACUUACAUCACCUAACACUAGAAAACGUACCUUUAACAGAGCUAAAACUGAAUGAAUACUUACAGAAGGCAACACUAGAAAAUGUACCUACCUUAUUAUCACAGCUACAAUUGAAUGCACACUUACAGCAGCUCAAGCUAAAAAAUAUACCUUUAACGCUGCUACAGCUGAAUGAACACUUACAUGAGCUAACCCUAGAAAAUGUACCUUUAUCGCAGCUACAACUGAAUAGACACUUACAACAGCUUGAGCUGAAAAAAAUACCUUUAUUGCAGCUACAGCUUAAUGAACACUUACAUCAGCUUACAAUUCAAAAUGUACCUAUAUCACAGCAACAAAUGUGUGAAGAUGUAAAUGGGAGAAUCCUUUCUUAUGUAUCACCGGAAAAUGUUGAAAACAUUACCGGUAGUUUGAAUUCAUUUCCGAGAAAUGUCGAAAGUAUAGAUAUUACUGGUAGUUUAAAUUCUCUAGAAAAAUGUUCUUUGGAAUGUUUACCUGGUGCCGCCUUUACAGCAGUACUCAACUGUCUUCAUGUAGAGUCCAAACUGAGGACACUGUCAUGUAAACGUCUUGUGUCUGCUCCUUUUGUGUUGUUUUCAACUCUUCCAAAACUCAGUCAUUUACAAAUGAUCUCAUUGUCAUCAAUGGAUCUUUCUGAAAAUCUCCUUGAACUUCCAUGCUCUGAUGGUUUUGACUUUUACCUUUGCGAUGUUACUCUGACGAAUAUAGCAUUAUACAAAUUAUUAAGUUCCAAACAUAAUCAUAAUGUGAGAGUGGAAUUCCAGGGUGUUGAUGUGAAAGAUAAUACUCUUGAAUAUGAAUUAGAGACAUCAGAACAAGAUGGUUCGAAAACAACAGAGUCAUGUAGCUCAAGUAGUAACAUAAUCAAAAUUGUAUUUCUGUACGUAAAGAUUAGCAAUAAAUCUUUUCUACGUUUUGUUAAAUUAGUUGAGAAAUAUAAUGGCAAAGUAAAUUUAAGCAUAGUACUUCUCAAAUAUGCAGAGAUUGAUGCAAAUUACAGGGAGGGAAUAGAGUAUGCCAAAUCUUUAAAUUCUUUCAUUGUUACUAAAGGUCGUUAUAUUGGAAUGGUGGACACAGUUGAAAUUAUCAAAAUUGUUUAGCGUGUUAAUGAGGUUUGUUAGAUUUGAGCAGACAUAGGACAAAUGUUGUUGUUUUUUAAUCCAUUACAAACAUUGAGCACAUAGUUUUGUAAAUAGAAAAAAGAUGGCUCCUUGGCAAAAGACAUUUCAUUCAGUGAAACAUGCACAUUAUAGAAUCUGUUGCAAUUACAUGUAUCUUUUUAAACCUUCUUAGACGAGUAAGUUUUUGUUCAUUAUUUUAAAAUCAGUUUAACAAAGUAAGAACUCAUAUAAGUAUCAUAUUUUCAAGAUGCAAAACGCAAUGUUAUAGAUAACAUGAAUGUUUAUAAAGAGAAAAAUACCGUUAUUUCUCCAAUUAAUGUCUUGGGCGGCUUAACACAUAAAAUCACUUCAAAUGUAUUCAAUAAUUGACACAGUCCACUUUUAAUUGUCUAAAAAAACAUUAACUGACCCAUGAUUAGGUUCAUUUAUCACGUGGCAGAAACAGGUCAAAGAAAGGUUUAAAAUUGGUGGGGUAUGGUUUCUUACAUUUUGAGAUAAAACAAGCAUUUAGCUUGUAGGAUUAGUACGCUGAAUAUGUAAAUCAGUAGGAAAACAUACUUUAUGACUUUUAUUACAUAUUAUCAAGAGUUUUCUUGUACCUGCAAAGAGCCCUUCUGAUGUUGGGGAAAUGUUUUGAAGUCCAAAAUCGUAGGAUAAAUGUUGUUUGAAGUUUGAAUAUAAGUAUUCUUUAAGGCAAACGACUCAACUUUGUUUUAAUUAUUAAGGCAUACAACUCGACUUUGUUUCAAUUAUUUGCCCAUUAGGAUAGUUGUACCUUUAGGAUGUUAACUGUUUACAGAUUUUUCACUGAAAUAAUGACAUCAUGGAUAUCAUAUUCGAUAAUGGUCUUCUCGUUUGUUCUUACAAGUUAUACAAUUUCACAUUCUUUAUCUUUAACACAUUUCACUGAUUUUUGUCAAAUCACGGCUGUUGUAACAGCGACAGAAAAAGAGACCAUUUAAGAUAAAUUAUAACAAGAAAUGUCUUUGAAAAGAUAUUCAGCCGUCAAGAAUUUGGUUUAACCGUUGCUUUGAAGUUAAUACGAAUUCCAGUGGUAUAAAGAAAUUGGUAGCCGUAGUGAGUAUCAAGUAGAACCAUGUAAAGAUAUUAUAAGGAUAUAUUGAGGAUCAAAGAAACAUGAAAAAUAUAAGAAGUUUUCCAUUUUUAGCUCCGAUUGAAGAAAACAAUACAUGCAAGUUUGUUACGAAAAAUCAUAGAAGUAAUUCCUCACUGUAGUUUUAGAGCAAAUGCUCACUAUUGAGGGACAAAAAUCAUCAUCUACCUUUAGUUAUCUUUAAAGCAUAUCUUUACCAAUAGUUGCAUCUGAAAAUUGUACUGCUGACUAUGAUGAGUGUGUCAUAUUGAAAUGGUUAGCGUUCGUGUAAUAUUGCACUGAAACAUAGUGCAGAUGUGUUAGUCUGAAAAGUUGCAUUGAUGAAUAAGUCUGACUUUUGACUGUGUCUGAAAUAUUGUAGUUAUGAGUGUGUUUGCAAAAUGUGUACUAAUGAUUGCAAGCGCAUGGAAUACUGUACUGCCGACUUUUGCAAGACAAACGUUCGUACAUCUGAAAUAUUGUAUUGAAAAGUGAGUCUGAAAUAUUGUACUGAUGAGUGAGUCUGAAAUAUUUUACGGGUGAGUGUGUGAAAUAUUGGACGGCUGAAGAUAUCUGAAAAAUUGCACUGCUGAGUGUGUCUGAAAAAGUAAACAUUAUUUCAUUUUAUCUUAUUUGUUUAUGAAAUAUUUAUAAUAUAUCAAUGAUAUAAGUCAUAUCACACUGUUAUUCAAUAAUAGUAUUUCUUGUAAUAACAGUGUUGUAUAUAUCUAUGGUUAUUAUAAUUAUUUCCCUUAAGUGCAUUAUACUUUUGUCACUUGUUAGUGUUCAAUUGAAUUAGCAUUCACCUUUAUAGAAAUUUUGGUUUAUGAUUAUAUUUUUUGAUAUAUUUCCAUUCUUAUCUUCUUAAUUGCAACUUAUGAAUUAGACAGGUGUUUGGCAGAAUUAGGUUUCACUCUGUUUACAAUUUAAAUUAACAAUAUCAUUGUCACAACAAAAAGGGCAUAUACUUUCAUUUAUACGCAAGCACUCCUUGUUUUUAGAGAUUUGUGUUUUAGAUUUAUAUAGUUUAUUUGUUACUCAUUACUGUUAACAUCAAUAUGUAAUGAUAAUUCAAACUGCCUGAUUUUUUUUCACUAUUUAUCAAAUCAAUUCACUAUUCUUUUUAAGUUAUAACCAUGCUUUAUACGAAAAUCAGUAUUUUUCCACCUUUUUCUAAAAUAAUAAGAAAUAAACUAAUUAAAAUUAUUCUUUCAAAAUAAUUAUGAUAAUUUAUAGAAGGUAGUUUACUAAGAUGUGGAUACUGUUUAGUCAUGUGAAAACAUAAGUGUAUAUAUAUAUAUUGCUUGCAAGGUAACAUAUGAUAGUUCACUAGUUUACUAUUAAGAUAAUUUACUAAAUUACUAUUGAUAUAGUUCACUACAUUAUCAUUGUGUUAGUGCACUGCAUUACUAUUGUGAUAGUUCAGUAUAUUACUAUUGCGAUAGUUCAGUACAUUACUAUUGUGAAAGUUAACUACCUUAAUAUUGUGAUAGUUCACUACAUUACUAUUGUGAUAGUUCAGUACAUAACUAUUGUGAUAGUUCACUACAUUACUAUUGUGAUAGUUCAGUACAUUAUUAUAUUGAUAGUUCACUGCAUUACUAUUGUGAAAGUUCACUACAUAACUAUUGUGAUAGUUCACUACAUUACUAUUGUAAUAGUUCGGUACAUUACUACUGUGAUAGUUCACUGUAUUACUGUGGUGAAAGGUCAGUACAUUACUUUUGAGAUAGUUCAUUACAUAAAUAUUGUGAUAGUUCACAGGUCAGUACAUUACUUUUGAGAUAGUUCAUUACAUAACUAUUGUGAUAGUUCACUACAUUAUUAUUGUGAUAGUUCAGUACAUUACUAUUGUGAUAGUUCAGUACAUUACUAUUGUGAUAGUUCAGUACAUUACUAUUGUGAUAGUUCAGUACAUUACCAUUGUGAUAGUUCACUACAUUAGUAUUGUGUUAGUUCACUACCUUAAUAUUGUGAUAGUUUUCUUCAUUACUAUUGUGAUAGUUCAUUACAUAACUAUUGUGAUAGUUUACUGCAUUUCCAUUGUGAUAGUUCAAUAUAUUACUAUUGUAAUAGGUUAUUACAUGACUAUUGUUGUAUAUGUCAGUCUUUACUACAUUAAGUUAGUAUGCCAAUCAUUUAGAGGAUAUUAAAGUUGUUUUUUUUCUAUAAAUACAGGAUUUAUUUUCAUCGAGUGGUAUGAAAAAAAUAAUUCUCGAGUGGCAAUAGCCACAAGGGAAAUAUGAUAAUUUUCAUAUCAAGUUUUUUCACACGCCUCUAUCCAAACGAUACAUUCGAGGGUGCGAGAGGCGGAUGUGCGCCCUUCAGUGUGGGGGUUUGAAGGGGGACGGCAGUCCCCUACCGCCAAGAAAAUUUUGGACUUGCGAGAGGCUAAAAAUGACCCCAUGUCGAUCAUAAGGUAACGUGUAACCAACGCUGAAAAGCCUUUGACUCUAUCUCAAUCCAUUGAGAAGUUUCAGCACUUUGAAAUCAAUUUCGAUGAGACAAAUCAACGCAAAAUAUAUAGUAAUGUCUGGCAAUUUUGUUGCAAUGGUUACAGAAAAUUUAAGACUGAGGUUUUAUUGUUUUAUAGUAAAUUUGAACGUGUAACGGGAGACUUUUCAAUGAAAACAGCCAUUUUUCACAAAAUGCUCAUGUGGUAAUGGGUUAAGGAAGAAUUUUCUUUUAAUUUCGUGUAUUGGAUGAAUUGAGAAGAAAGUAGUCCUGUAAGACACCAGUGAAAAUACGGAAAAUAUGUUUCACUGCAGUGAAAAAUAAAUGUCUACAGUGAAAAUACUGAAAUAAAAAAUAUGCAUUUUAUUUCCCUAAUAAGUAUAUAAAAAAAUUGUGUUUUAUAUUUAUGUCAUGUUUAAUAUAGAACAUUAGACGGACCAUAUUAUACUGUUUCUCUAUAGAUAUCCCUGUUUUGACCAAUAUAUGUACAUAUUCUGAAUAUUUACUAGGUAUGUACACUUUUUAUUAUGGCUUUGUAAAAUAUCCUGAUUUAGUUUUAGGUAAACUGUUUGUUGUCGAGAAAAGAACUGCAUGUUUUUGUACCUCAUAUGCAAUCUGGAAAGACAUAACUUUUUUGUUUAUUUGGUUUUGUGCUUAUCAAAAGAUAUGUUAGGUAAAUAUUAUCUUUUAUAUUUAAUAUAUCAGGAGAUUGUUACUGUAUAGUUUAUAUUUGUUUUUACUUAUUAUUUCACCAAAAUAUUGUUCUAUUUCUGAUCAAAAUUUCUUGUAUUUGAAUUGUUUCUAGUAGUGUCAUAUUGCAUUUGUGUAUUUGUUAAAGUACUUGUAGAAUAAUGUACAUACAUUUGUUAUGCAUGUUACUAUAUUAAUUGAUCAUUGUAUAGUUUUUCUGUUAUAUAAUUAUGUUAUGUCAGUUUUCUUGUAAUAUAGACUGUAGCAACAAAAUUUUAUGAAUAUAAAUUUUUGUAAAAUUAAUCAAAUUAUGUUGAAGAAAGUCAUUUGGUACAAUGUGAAGAAUAAAAAUUUUGUAUAAGAUGUUCGUUUAAAAAUAUAAAUCACCCAUUCAAGAAAUGGGAUAUGUUGAUUUACUUGUCGUCCAUCUGAACAACUAGCCAUCUAUGGACACAGCAUUGUGUGCCUUUUUUCUCUCCGAAACUGCUCAACCAAAAUUUGAUAACAAUUGGAUAAAUCUAAAGAAGUUUUACAUGUGAAUAUUGUAAGGAAUUCAAGCAAGACUUUAUAAAUGAUAUUGACCUUCAUGGUAAAAUCCUUGAAUCCUGCUUAUUUUUUUUUCAAUAACUUUAUUUAUAAUUGAUGUAUGUCAUUCAUUCUUGUUCAUAAGAACCCUUUAAGCAGAUUAAUAAACUGAACAUGAAACAAAUCAGAAAGUUAGCAAUUGAUGUAAGAUUUUUAUGUAGGCUAGGAUUAUUCUUUACCUCUAAACUUUUUUUUUUAAAUGGCUGAAUAUAAUGCAAUUAAAGCUUUAUUUCAGUAAUUAAGGAUCUUUAUUAUCAUCAUUAGAACAUUUAAUGCCUAUGUCAGAAACUGUAUUUUUCAAAAUUUCUGAUGUAAAGAUUGAUAGCAUCCAUUUUAUUGUAUGGGUUAGAAAUUAUGGUACUUGAUUAUAUCUAUGAAAUAGAAAAAGUUUAUUUAUAUGCAUGUAAAAAAUUCAUGCAAGCACCCUUUAGGUCAUUUAAUGUAGCUUUCAUUGGUCUUUUGAAAGAUCACCAAUGUUAGUUUUAACUAUUAAACGUAAUAAUUCCUAGUGAAAAAUGUAAGAUUGUAGAUAUGUCAAAAAAUGUUAUAAAAUGUUGUUAUAUUAUGAUCGUAUAGAAUAUCAAAAUUGGACUUGAAAGGCUUAGUUAAAUUUACAUAAAAUUUUGUUUUGGAAAUGCUUGUGAAAAUUAAUAUCUUACCAAGAAAAAACUAUUUAUAAACAGCUACACAAUAAUAAAAGUCCAAUACUUACAGGUUUGGACAGUAGACUGUGAUACAAAGUUAUUAUCUUAUGUUAAUUUUAAAUCUGUCUUUUGGUAUGAACGUUAUCUUGAUAUAAGUGAUAUUUAAAUGAGGUUUAGAUAUGCUUUAGUUUCUAUAAGAUUAUAAUCACAUCCUCUUAUGAUCGAUAAAGGUAGACAUACUUGAAUGUGUAGACCGUGAUUUAAGAUUCUGUUUUUCUUGUGUUGAUCAAAUAGAAAAUGAAUAUCAUUUUAUUUUAAUUGAUCCACUGUGCCAAUGCAUAAUGGAUCCACAUAUAUUAUGACAAUCCGACAUUGAAUAAAUGUAAUGUGUUGUUGUCUUUGAGAAAUGAUUAAACUAUAAAAGGACUUGCUAUAUGUUCAUAUAUUAUGCUCUUAAACACAGUUCAACUUUUAUGUCAUAGAUAUCUAAACUUGAUACUUCUUAUUUAAGUUUUAUGCUAUAUUUGUUUUUGUAUGACUAAUAUCCUUGCUUCUAUGUAAACUUUUAAAUUUGCAUAUAAUGUAAAAUGUUAAGGGGAAAUUAAUUCUAUAUAUUUUGAUCAUGAGUGUAUUGAUGUAUGUAUAUAUGUUUUUUAUGUAUAUUGUUGGUGUAUGGGCUGGUGGCCUAAACAUCCUAUUAAAGUAUUGAAUUGAAUUGAGGUCAAUUCACAUUCUAAAAUAGUUGGUAUGUAGCAUUAUCAAGUGGACCUUGUUGUCUAAAUUAGCUUUAUUCCGGGGGUCAUUUAGGUUAUUUGAUAAGCUCUAUUUAUAUUCUUUUGCCGGAUUCAUGAAACUUUAGAUAGAUCAAUUAACAUUCAAGAAGGAGAUGCUCUUUGAACAAAUAAGAUUUUAAUAAGAACUAAAGGUCACCCAAGACAGACAGCAAAAUUAAUCAAAAGUGUUGCAGACUUGUUUGAAUUCGUAAGUAUGGAUUUGAUAUUCACUGAAAUUGAAAACUAUUAGCUUGACUAUUCAAAGUACUCAAGGUCAAUACUUGAAUAACUUCAUUUAUCAUCAAAUACAGCUUAACACUUGUGAGAUCAUAAUGUCUGGUCUCUAUCCUUGAUUUAUGGCCUUUUUGAACUUUUGAAAAAUCCUUGUAAAAAUUUGUAUGCAACCUACUGAAUUAUUCACUUAAGAAAUAAAGCAAAACCUGCUUCUUAUUUCUUACGUGAGGUUUCUGAACCCUUAGUGAUGUUUUACACUUACAAAUGUCUUUGUUACUAUGAUCAUAUUGCAGGUCACUAAUCAAGACUUAAAACCAAGUAAUGAUAUUGAAAUGAAAUAUUUCGGUUAAUUUCAACAUUAUCAGGGCUCUUUUUAUCCUUUGUGCACUGUUCUACUGACCUGACGGCUUUUUUCAUUUUAGGCUAUAUAUAUUUAUUUACAUGUUGUUUAUGUGUCUGUUAAUGAAAAGUGUUGGUGAAUUAAAUAAUAUGCGCACUAAUAUUAAUCAAUGGUCUUGCAACUGAUAAAUGUGGUGUAGCAAUAUCUAUGAUAAUUGUUUUGUGAUAUUUACUUCACUAAAACAAUAUGAUUAUGUUCUAAUUCAUAAAUAAAUCUAGU